AUGUCACUUCCGGCGGAAAGAAAGACUGCCAAGGCUGCCUUCCUCGCUUCUUUCUUUUCGGCGCCAUCAUGGGUCGCAUGCACGCACCCGGAAAGGGUCUGUCCCAGUCGGCCUUGCCUUACAGGAGAAGCGUGCCUACAUGGCUGAAACUUACUUCUGAUGAUGUCAAAGAACAGAUUUACAAGUUGGCAAAGAAAGGCCUGACACCUUCCCAAAUCGGUGUGAUAUUAAGGGACUCGCAUGGGGUUGCCCAAGUUCGUUUUGUGACUGGUAACAAAAUUCUGAGGAUUCUUAAAUCCAAGGGACUUGCCCCUGAUCUCCCAGAAGAUCUUUACCACUUAAUCAAGAAAGCAGUUGCUGUCCGCAAGCAUCUUGAGAGGAACCGUAAGGAUAAAGAUGCCAAAUUCCGACUUAUUUUGAUUGAGAGCAGAAUUCACAGGCUGGCUCGUUACUACAAGACCAAGAGAGUACUCCCACCUAAUUGGAAGUACGAAUCAUCCACGGCUUCUGCUCUGGUUGCAUAAAAAUUCUUAUUACGACCAUGGGAAUCUAAAACAUCUUGUAUUCGUGUUAUGCCUACUUCAGAGUGAUGUCAUUGAUUUCUUAUUUAAAAUUGGAAGGAUAAGUUAACACGUUUACUAUAUCAAUAAAAGCUUCUGGAUUUUUUCCCAUUUGAUAAUAUAAUUUGAGUUCUUUAAAGCUGCUGUGGUCUUACAAAUAUUUUUGGUUUUCUAUAAAUUUACUAAUGGUUCUUGUUAACUAUGUACACAUUGAGUGUUGUAUUGAAACUUUUCCUAUCACAUACUUUGCUAUCUUUGGGAGACAGCAUUAAUGAAAAUGGAUGACUUGAAAGUGCUUGAGGUUGAAAUCAGAGCUACUUAUAUUUCUCAGUUAUAUUUGUUUUCAGUUAGAAUAAAUGGUGUAUGAUGAAGAAUAAAGAAGGACCAAUCUUUCAAAAUGCUUCUUUGCCCAUAUUGGGAAUUUGGAAAAAAUGGGCUUUUAGGCUGAAAGUUAAUUCUUUCAAAACAAGAAUUAUAUGAAUAGAUUUUUCAUUUAAUUUGGAAAAAGUGGAUUUCCUUUAAUUAAUACAGCUAUAGUAAUGGAGAUAAGGGCCACUUAUCUUUACCCCUCCCCUGGCUUUUAUUUUUAAUGAAAAGAGAAGAGAAACAUUUACCAAUCAAUUAGCUUUCAAAUGAACUAGUAGUAAAUAUCCAACUCAAUUUUGGGGAACAAUAAGAUUUUUUUCUUAUAUGUGUGUGGGAGACUGCUAAGGUCUUGUCUUUUCUUGUAAAAGAUACAAUGGGCAGUACUAUAAUGUCUUUAUAAAAUUGCAUAGAAUUACCAUCUAAAUGUUUUCCUCCAACUAUAAAAUGGAUGCAGAGCAGGAAAAUAAACAAUUUGGAAUAGAGCUUGAGCACUUGUUUGCAAAGUGUAAAUGGGAACUAUUUUGUUUUUCUCUCAGAUUGGGCUAACUUUUGUUUCUUGAGCACAAUUAACUAUUUUAGGUUCAAGGUAGUUCAAUAAAUCGUCUAGCAUGUGCUUAACCUAAUAUGCUGUUAGAGUGUGUCCAAAAGAAAUUUUAUAAAUUACUAGAGACUGUUAUGGAGAUAGUCAUUGUGUGUAUCUAAACUUAUCCCUCAAGCCAAAUAUGGUCAUGACAUAUUCUGAGGUUUCCUAAUUUUGUUAGGUGUAUCUUUAGCAAUUCAGAGAUUAUCAUUGAAAGCUUUUAUAUAUUUCCCCAUCAUUAAAUGUCUGAACUUCAA